AUGGCUCCUCCUGAAGCUAUUUGGAAUGAUCCCCAGGCGUUGGCCGAUUAUUACAUAGAUUUCGCUAUCCCCCUCCGACCACAACCAGGUGUAUUGGUCGCAUCGGUCAUCGUAUCUUACUUGGGAUCUUACGCUACUCUGUUGGUGCUCGGUCGAAGAACUUCUUCGAGAGGUUGGAGAAAUCAUGGUUUACUCUUAUUGGCUGCUGUCGUAUUUGCGGCAUGUGCUAUUUGGGGAAUGCACUUUGUCAGCAUGAUAAGUAUCAGAUUGAGGGCUAGUCCGUACGUUACUUGGUACAUUCAAUUCGACAAGGGUAUGACUGCGUUGUCCCUUUUCGUCCCUAUUCUGGCUACGUUUAUCUCGUUCUGGCUUAUCGGUUCAGAAAUUGACUUUCACAUCUGGAGAGUGCUCUUCGCUGGUGCUUUCCAAGGUCUUACCAUCGGUCUCAUGCACUACUCUGCUUCCUUCCGACUUCCCACACUCCAAGUCACCUAUACCGCAGUAACCGUCGUCUUCUCUCUAAUUCUGGCCGCUGUCGCUGCCAUCGUUGCUCUGUUCCUGUUCUUCAGACUUCGAGCUCAAUGGGAGGAAUCUUGGUGGAAGCGAGCUCUUUGUGCUCUUCUCUUGGCUACUGCCGUAUGCGGAAUGCACUACCUCGGUCUCGGUGGUACCUCUUAUCGAUACAAGCAAGGUGUUGAUCCCAUGAUCCUCGCCAACGCUGGUGGACAAGCCACUCGACUCACCAUCGCCAUCUCGGUCAUGUGUGGUGUUAUCGUGCUUCUAUGUUUCGUCAUCGCUUUCUUGGAUGCAAUGACCAAGCGACAAAUUAGGAACAAAGCUAGAAACAUCGUGAUUGCUAGUGCCGCUUUUGACAAGACCGGCAAGCUCCUAGUGAAGAACGAUGGUACUAUUCCUAUGCAGGUCAUUCAGACGGACGCUGAUCUUCAACGAGUAUUGGGUGAACUCGACCCUCGACAAUCAACCUUCCAAUGGCUUUACCAGCUCUCUUUCAAUUGGGCUUUGGUGACUCCUUUCGUCCCUCGAAUCCUCAAAUCUGUCAUUGAUCGACAAAAGGGUAAAUCUCAACAACCAGCUGCCCUAGAUAGGGGUUUGAACUCUUCAUGGGAAACUUUGCUUUUCCGAAGCCGAUUCGUCGAAGCCUCUGUCCUUCUUGCCCAACAACUCGAUCUUUCUGUCGAAUCGCUUGGAGCGAUGUUCGAUCGAGUACUCACUACUGGUACUAGAUUACCUGAAGAAAGAUCCGAAAAAUCCGCUGAAGAAGGUAAAGCAGGUGUGAAGGGAGACGAUGAAUCUUCCAUUCAUGGUAUUACCCUUAGAAUGCACAACUCUGAAGGUGUCAUGCUUUUCUUGGUCAGAGAAAUCGGUGAAGGAAAUCCAUCAGCCUGGGACAACCCCAACGCCGAUAAGAAUCAACUUCGAUCAAAUGAUACUGUCGACUCAUACACUUCAAGAGGUUAUCGAAUGGCCGAAACUCGAUUCUUCUCCAAAGCCAUGGCUGACCACUUCGGUGUCAGUAAACCAGAGAUGGACGUAUUCUUAUCUGCUUGUAAAACCUAUGCCAAGAGAGGUACUCGACCUGUCGUUCAAAGUGGUGGUGCCUACCUCGGUCUUUUCGGUGUUCGACCUACCGGUACUCAAAUGCAGGGAUUGGACGUAUUGGUAUACAACUUUGCUCGACACCAAAUCCCAGCUUAUCGACUUCCUGAUGUUGGCUAUCCACUUAAUGCUACCAUGAAAGCUUGGGUGAGAGAGUUAGCGAAUGCGAAUAUGGGAGAGGUACUCAGAAGAUGUAAUGAAGCUGUGGCUCGAGCCGAAAAUUCAGAUGAUGGAUCAGCUUCUCUCCAUUCUCAAAUCGACGAAUCACUCUAUGAGUUCCAAGCAGCUAUCGCGGUAGCUAUCGAAGCUCUCACAACCGCUUUGCGAUGUUGGCCAACGUUGCUCGACAUCGCCCGACUUUCACCGGAGAUUCUCGAAAUACCAGCUUCCGACCACGAUGACAAAGCGCCUGCUCAAAUGGUUGUACUUGAGGUUGUCUUACCUGCUCCAGAUGCUAGAUUGACUCCAGUCCAGUCAAGAGCUUCAGGUGUACAGGCACCCGCACUCGCUUCCGGCCGACAUGAGUCUGACAAACCACCUGCUCCAUUCGUUUACACACCUUUCAGUCUUUUCACCAAAUCACAAGCUAUGUUACUUCGAGCUAAGGCUUUCCAAGAGUUCUCCAAGAACACAGUCAUCGAUCUCAACAAGGUAUACCCACUCAUGCCUACAGAUGUGGCUGCUGAGCUUGAUGCUUUCGAUUCUGGAGAAAAGGGCAUUGACGCUUCUGGUAAUCCUUUCGCCAUUGGGCAACUGCAAGGUCGAUGGAAUACCCGAGGAAAAUCAGCUUCAAAGGGAUUGAUCGUCGAUACCGCUUCGGCCAACACUCACCAUGCGAGAUACACUUCUGAUGCGUCUUCUCUCAACCUCAAAUCACCUAUCUCAACUGAUGGAUCCGAGGCGGCCUACGAGAAAGGAUUCGGAAAUAUCUCUCAAAUACAUUCUUUAGCUGUUGCUACUCAAGGUCGAAGAGGUUCGAGGCCCAACACGGGAGCGUCCGAGCACUCGGUCCAAUCACACAGUCUAGUAGCUUCUGACCCCGUUGAGACGGUCAAGAAAGGAUUGACAUCGCUAGUCAACAAAGCUACUGGAAAUACCACUCAGCCAGAAGAGGAUGAGAGGAAUGUUGUGGAUCAUGAGGCUGAUGUUGGACCUCCCGUCUACACGAGUGUCAGGAACAGGACAGACGGAUGGUUCAUGAGAAGUAUGAGAGAUCUGGAAAGGUCAGAUAGGACGGGUGCGUUAGAGCAUGUCGGAUGGCAAGAGAAUUGA